GACGGCCUACGGAAUGGCUGUCCCUUAUAUUUUUUUGUUGCUUUUAUUGAUUUAUUGCUAAAUUUCUCCACGGUUCUUCAAAAUGAUUGGUCUUCAAAAUAUCGUCAUUAAAAAACCAGGCAAAACAGCGCGAAACGAAAAAAUAUUGAAAAUUGAGUGAGAUUUGCCAUCCCAUUUUGUCUUCAACGGCCUCCAAGAGGAAAAAAAUUGGAAAUACUCACCAGACCCAAAAACUCUGGACGAAAUGGUCAGAAAAAAGCAGUUCGUAUACAACGCCCUGAGAUAAAAACAGAGAGCAACAAAACAUAGAAGAGGAUAUCAUUAUCGCCGCAAUUUCCAACCUUUUAGAAGACCAAAAAAUAAUCUUGAUCUGGAUCUUAUCACCACGCUACGAACGGCCACGAGAAAAAAUCUGUUGUAUUGCACUUCUGAGUAGAUUAUAAAUUCGAUAAUUCAAUUGUGACUCACUUUUUUUAUUUAAAAAAAUCUGUUUCAACCAUUUUUUAAAUAAAAGCAUUUUCGAUAAUAUAAUAUGAGCUUGCAGAGAAAAAUCAGUUUCUUAUCAAUCUUAUCAAGUUUUUUUUCCGAUAAGGAAAAAAUCAAGCAGGUGCUUGAGGACUUUGACGUCUAAAUCUCUCAAAAGAAAUAUUUUCCGUUUCCUUUUUUUCUCUAAACCUCUAUAGCAGAUGUUGCCUAUGGCGCCAUAUUGCGAAAUUUUAAAACCUUUUCAUUUCAUACUUUUUCCACAGAAAAACACUUAAAAAUGCUGAAACUGCACAAAUCUCCAACUUUGCUCAAUAUGCCUAUUGGAGUUGCUAACCAAAUUCUGGAAAAACUUGAGCUUCUGGAUCUCCUAACUUCCCGAAAAGUGUGCAAAAGCUUGAGAGCAGCAGUGGACAAGUUUGGAAUUGAUAUAGAUUUCGUCAAAUUUCAAGUUGACGGAUUUGCUGAAUUAAAUUUAAAUGGACAAAAAAUCAAGUAUGCAGAAAAUGGUGGAACUGGAACAAUUGUGACUUUUAAUGGACAAGAAAAAAUUUUCCCAGGCGAAAAUUUUAUAUCAAUAGCUUUCAAGGAUUUGGAGCUUUUAUUGAAGAAUUCUAUCUCAACUUUGGAACUUUUCAUGCCUGAGCAUGUUCCACUUCUUCUGGAAGUCUUGAGAAAAGCUGGACCUGUGCACACGGAGCAUAUCAAAUUAAGUCGUUUUUCAAUCGAAGAAGCUCAUUCAAUUCUCCCGUAUUUCAAUGCUCAAAAGCUCGAAAAAAUUGAAAUUUUCUUGGCUCAAUCAUCGGAGGGAUUCGAUCGAAUCAGGGAUUUGGAGCAAUGGAAAAACUUGAAAAGCUUUACCUUUUACAGCAUUGCUGCUCCAUUAGGAAAGGAGCAAAUUGAGCACAUGUUCCGAUUUGAGAACUUUAAUAUUGCAGUUGAUAAGUUUUUAGUGCAAGAUGCUAUUCGGAUACGAGAUGAUCUCCUUCACAGAAGUGCAUUCCAAAGUUGUAUUAUCAGUUUUCGAGAUUCGAAUUCAACGCCGAAAGAAAUCGCAAAAGUGUUCAAUUCUGAUGAGGAAGAGGAUUUUUUGUGGACAAACGAUAGUCAUACGUUCCGAAUUACUAUUUUUGAUGAAGUUUUUUCUUGUUCCAUUCGUUAAUAAACAUUUUAUUGUUUUUAUUAAAACGCAAAAAAAUCAAAAAAAAAUGUGCAAAAAAUGUGCAAAAAA